AUUGAUAAAUUCUGGAAGGGAUUUUGCAAAAACGAAGCGAAAAAAAGGUGCUUUAUCUGCCACAUUGGGGCAUUGAGACCGGACCGAAAUCCUUCCAAUUAUCCCGGCAUAUUUAGCACAUUUUUUGCGCCAAGUCUUUUGCAAACGAGCAAGCAGCAGGUUGCAGGUGGCCCUUCUAUCAGUCACUGAAAAACUCAACAUUUGCGAUGAGCUGUCGGCCCCCUAAAUGCUGUGCUCCGUGCAAGCCCUGCUGUAAAGGACCCUGCGGCCCUUGCGGACCCUGUGGACCCUGCGGCCCUUGCGGACCCUGUGGACCCUGCGGCCCUUGCGGACCCUGUGGACCCUGUGGACCCUGCGGAGGCUGUGGACCCUGCGGUGGCUGUGGACCCUGUGGACCCUGCGGAGGAUGCGGACCCUGUGGACCCUGCGGCCCUUGCGGACCCUGCGGAGGCUGCUGUUGCCAACAGCCGUGUGCCGUGAUCUCAUACGCCCUGACCAGUGGUCCCGUCGGACCCGUCCUGCCGUGCAUGAAGUGCAUGAACUGCAACGGCAGCUGCACCGGCAACUGUGCCCCGCCCUUCUACUUCGUGCCCAACAGGUGCGGCUGCUGCUUCGAGUGGGGCUGCUUUGGACCCUUCUACUAGGGAUGGCAGAGGCGACAACUCAAUUCCUGCUGCUCCGCCCCCGCCCGCUCGUCAUGGUUGUCCUAGCUGUUGUUGCACUUUUGAUGAAACUUUUCAUAUUUUUGAAUGCAAUAAAUUCACGUGUCACGCGGA